AUGGUCGUUAUCGCGACGCCGUCGAUGACUGUGCGAACGCCGCGAAUGGCGACGCGGCUGAGGCGGUGGUGGUACAUUAGGCCUGACCGAUCGGUCACGCUUCGGUUCCACAUAAAGAGGGCUGGAGACACUUCGAGUCAUAGUUCCAUUCGUCGACGUUAUCAAAGGAGCAGAUGGUAACGCUGGGCGACGCACUUGCUCAUAUCCAGCAUGAGACGAGUGGUUCAGAAUUGGAGUUUCACUGUGCUGAGUACGGUAGUCCAAUGUCGUAUCAGGAACCGCAGGAUGAGUGAUUAUUUCAUGGUAACCACCAGAAUCAGCCGGUACCGGGCUUCUUUGAUAUUGUGUCCUGAAUUAUAUGAAUAAGAACCAUCAAAACAACAACUUUUAGUACCCCUAAUCAAGCAUACCGUAUCCGCCCACUACCCAAUUUAUAAGGAAGCCAUGGAUUCGUAUUCUGUGCACUUCUGAGACCAAUGAUUCAACUUCAUGGAGGUGAAACCGAGUGGGCUGACCCUGGGAACUUUUUUCGGUCCUUGCAGCCCUUCAACCAGCGUUUCUUUCCAUUGGACAGCUUUCCCGGGAUGGGCAGGUACACCUUGUACAGGGCGAUCGUUGAUAAGAGUCUCCGUUCUUUGGCUGGACCAUUUUUCGUAUCCGGGUCCAUUCAUCCUUAAUAACAAUGGUCGAUCAUCAAUACUGGGUACUGGCGGUGGAGGUAAUGCUACAACUCUAUCCGGAUUUGAUGGAUCCAACGGCGUACGGAACACUUCAAUUGUAGUCGUGGUUGUGACAGAAUCGUUGAUAAGGGCAUCGGUAUUUUGGGAAUUCGCACGACGGAGGGCUGUUUCAUAGGCGAUUGGCUGGGAAUGUCCCGGGUUGAACACAUUCAGGGUGACCUUCGUGGGUUGAAUGAAUUCGUCCGGUGGAGAAUCCCGACCAGUAAAUGAGAAAACUGGCGAUGCAGGCGGAGAUGGAGCUCGCCGUAGUGGUGGCGAAGGCUCUUGCCGUCGGAAUUGUGGAGAAGGGCCAUUCCGUCGAGGAAGUGGAGAAGGUUCACGUCGUCGAGGUUGUGGGGAAGGCUCUUGGCGUGACAGCAAUGGAGACCGAUCCUGCCGAGACGGCCGCUGUUCCGGUAUAGGAGACGCAGUGUUGACGUGUAGAGAAGGCCAACCUUGA